GGCAGUGCGUCGACCGCACGCCCUUCUUACGCGAAUGUGGCAUCUUCACAUUCGGAGAAUAUUUCGCAUAUAAAUUGUGUCGCAUUAGUGUAUUUCCAUUAUACUUAUAGUUAAAUAACUCAGUUUAACAUUUAAAAUGUGUGUCAAAAUUUUAUCAUUUUAUAUUAAUUUGGCGUUACUAGCAUACUGCGUGGCUGAUUGUGGGCCGCGAUUAAAGUAUGCUUGGGGAGAUGCACUCCAAGGCACGGACUGUCCCGGCCCAGAUGGUACACCCUAUCCAAGACAUUUAGUGAACAGGGCAUUGAAGUCUGGACCAUGGGGCCAAUCACGCCAGGGGCGAGGAGUUCGUACCCUGGACCCGGCGCUGAUGAGGCGAGCUCUCCUUGAUGCGCACGAGGGUUACUCCGAGGCGAAGGCCAAAGUCCACACUGGCAACAGAACUGGUCGUGCCACGAACCUUCCAGGCCUGUCUACGAUGGCGUCUAACUCGUGUGGUGGAUCGAGACUCUGCAGAACACGAUAUAACACCACCGCCCCCAUGUAUGGAGUCUCGCUGACAUCUGGACAGCCCGUCACUAUAGUCCAGAAAUUCCCAGAUCUUCUGCAGCAAGUGGUAUUCGAGGUUUGCGAAUCAAGUGAAUGCUCCCUAGUGCGGGGUUCAUGCACCCAAACGUAUGUACCUUAUUUAUUCUUAGUUCUUCCUUUGGGACCUGUGACUUUAACUGGACAGGACUACGUGCUGGUGGAGUCAGGGUGUGUCUGCAGGCCAGAUCCUAUGCCAUAGGUAUUGUAUCUUAAUUAGAUAGGUGUUAUACGAAAUUAUCAUGAAUACGUGUAGCUUUUCUUAUAGUUAUAAGGAGGCGUAGUAACACAUUGAAGUCCAACAGACUGCAGUUUAUCGAUGUCAAACAUCAUUAAUAUUGAUUCAAAAACAAUCGAUAUUGAUAACUAUUCUCAAUCGAUCAACCUACUAAAACAUUGACACGAUAACAGUAUGCCCUGGCUAAUAUAUUCGAAACAGUUAUUUUAUUCGACAUUUUAAUUGAAAGUAGUUGCUAUAUUGACUUCACGUUUCCGAUCAUAACUUUGUUCUAUAUUUGAAUUUGAAAAUCGAAUCGAUUAAAAUUUGAAGUAAAAGAACGAAUGAGAAAUGCGUGUAUAGAGUGAAUGAAUCUGUUGUAUUACUUGUAUUAAAUGUAGAUGAAUAAUAAUUAAUUAUAAUAAUUAUUACAAAUAACUUAUUUUGAGAAAAAUGUCUAAUAUACAUCUUAUAGUAAAAUGCUACUAAUAG